AUGGUGAAACCAGAACUGGGUUUUGGAGGUUCUUUCAUUUCUUGUCUUGUGUUGUUGGUUCUUGUUGUUUUGGUUGUCCCAGCUAGGUGUCAAGAUGCAGAGGUAAUGGGAAUUCUCAAGGUCAUGAUCAAUGCCCCCAUUAGCUUCCAAUGGACAGACCCUGAUGUAUGCAAAUGGAAGCAUGUUGAAUGUGAUUCAACCAAACAUGUUACAGCUAUUCAGAUUGGGAACCAGCACCUUCAGGGUUCUCUCCCAAAGGAACUUCAGAGGCUAACAAGGUUGCAACGUUUUGAGUGUCAAAGCAACAGUUUCACAGGACCAUUCCCUUACCUCUCAAAAUCCUUGCAAAGGUUGAUGAUCCAUAACAACAAGUUCAACUUCAUUGCCAAUGAUUUCUUCACAGGAAUGAGCAGUUUGCAAGAUGUGAGAAUGGACAACAACCCUUUUUCUCAAUGGCAUAUUCCUGACACUCUGAAGGAUUGUGUUGCACUCCAGACUUUCAGUGCUGAGGAUGUUGGCUUGAUUGGGACAAUCCCAGAUUUCUUUGGCAAAGAUGGUCCUUUCCCAGGUUUGGUUUUCUUGGACUUGUCUGAUAAUUUUCUAGAAGGUCCCUUACCUUCAAGCCUCUCGGGUAGUUCAAUAGAGAACCUUUUGGUGAAUGGACAGAAUGGAAACUCUAAACUCAAUGGCACCCUUGCUGUGUUACAUAACAUGACAUCUUUGAAGCAAAUUUGGGCUCAUGGUAAUUCGUUCACUGGUUCUAUUCCAGACUUGUCGCACCAUGAUCAACUAUUUGAUGUGAAUGUAAGGGAUAACCAGUUAACUGGUGUUGUUCCACCCUCCCUAAUUUCUCUUCAAAGUUUGCAAGUUGUGAACUUGACCAAUAAUCUUCUUCAAGGACCCCCUCCAAAGUUCAGAGAUGGGGUAGGAGUUGACAAUAAUAUGGACAAGGGGAGGAAUCAAUAUUGCACAAAUGUGCCGGGGCAGCCAUGUAGUCCUCUUGUGAAUGCUUUGUUAUCUGUUGUUGAGCCUUUGGGUUAUCCUAUCAAGUUUGCUCAAAACUGGAAGGGUAAUGAUCCAUGUGCUAAUAACUGGAUAGGGAUAGUUUGCUCCAAUGGAAACAUUUCUGUUAUCAAUUUUCAGAACAUGGGUUUGUCUGGCACUAUUUCUCCUAGUUUUGCUACCCUUACAUCUGUCACAAAAUUGCUUCUUGCUAACAAUGGUCUCACUGGUACCAUACCAAUGGAACUUACUAGUAUGCCUCUUUUGCGAGAGUUAGAUGUUUCCAGUAAUCAUUUGUUUGGAAAAUUACCACCAUUCCAUAGAGAUGUGGUUCUUAAAGUAGGUGGAAAUCCUGAUAUUGGAGAGGAUAAGCCUACUAAUUCUCCAACGGCCUCAAGUUCAGGAGGUAAUGGUAAUAAACAUAACAUUGGCGUCAUUGUUGGAAUUGUGGUGGCGGUGGUUGUUUUACUUGCUGCUGGGGUUCUAAUAUUUGUUAAGUUUAGGAGAAAGUUGAAGCGUGAGAAGAAAGUUCAAAAUCCAAAUGCAAUUGUGGUACAUCCUCGCCAUUAUGGUGAUGGAAAUGCUACAAAGACAAGUGUUGCAGGUUAUGGUGAAGGAACAGCUGGUACAGUAUUAAGUCCCAUGUCUAAUGCUUAUCAAGUGGAAGCUGGUAAUAUGCUAAUUUCAAUUGAAGUCUUGAGAGAAGUUACCAACAAUUUCUGUGAAAAAAACAUAUUGGGAAAGGGGGGUUUUGGCUCUGUAUACAGAGGAGAAUUGCAUGAUGGGACAAAGAUUGCAGUGAAAAGGAUGCAAGCAGGAUUGGUGGAUGAGAAAGGGUUGAGUGAGUUCAUGGCUGAAAUUACAGUGCUUACUAAGGUUCGGCACAAGCAUUUGGUUGCACUCUUGGGGUAUUGUUUGGAUGGAAGUGAGAGACUUCUUGUCUAUGAGUACAUGCCUCAGGGUGCUCUUAGUAAACACCUGUUUAAUUGGAGAGGUGAAGGACUAAAACCACUAGAAUGGAAGACAAGGCUUAGUAUUGCAUUGGAUGUUGCUAGAGGGGUUGAAUAUCUUCAUGGUUUGACACAACAGAUUUUUAUCCACAGGGAUCUCAAACCAUCUAACAUUUUGCUAGGAGAGGAUAAGCGUGCCAAAGUAUCAGAUUUUGGAUUAGUUCGCCUUGCUCCCGAAGGGAAAACCUCAUUUCAAACUAGGCUUGCUGGAACUUUUGGAUAUAUGGCACCAGAGUAUGCAGCCACUGGCAGACUUACAACAAAGGUUGAUGUAUAUAGUUUUGGUGUGAUUCUCAUGGAGAUUAUAACUGGAAGGAAAGCACUUGAUGACAGCCUACCAGAAGAAAACAUCCACCUUGUUCCAUGGUUUCGCAAGAUGCUGCUGAACAAAGACUCAUUUCGAACAAUCAUCGAUCCAACAAUUCAAGUUGAUGAGGAAACCUUAGCCAGUGUUAGCACUGUUGCAGAGUUAGCAGGGCACUGCAGUGCAAGAGAGCCUUAUCAACGCCCUGACAUGAGUCAUGCAGUGAAUGUACUAUCACCCCUUGUUGAGGUGUGGAAGCCUUCACAACCAGAUGUUGAUGACAUAUAUGGGAUUGACUUUGAUAUGACAUUACCUGAAGCACUCCAAAGGUGGCAAGCUUAUGAAGGAAGAAGCACCAUGGAUUUAACAGCUCCUUCAUCUGUCCAUCCUAGUGGAAACAACUCAAAGUCAAACAUACAAACUAGACCAUUUUUAGAUGGGCAAUGA